AAGCGUGUGUUGAGAGAGAGAGCGAAAGAGCUGAUGAGACUUCAUUCAAAUCAAAUCUGUUGCAGUUUUUAAUCCUCACACUAUUCUGGAAGCAAUAUCGGAAUGAGGAUUUAUUUUCUCACUGGUCGCUUGACAGAAACUGAAAAGUAGCUCUGCGUUUCGGUGCAGAAUGAAUCGUUCCGAAUGCAGACCAGACCCCGUGCUGCGGGCAUUGUGGAUGGCACUUUAUCAACGAUUUAUCGCCUGAAAACAGAUGGAGUGUCAAUUUGACCACACGAACGGGGAAGAUGACUUGUGCUUUUUCUCUGUGUAUCCUCGUAUAUGUUUUGGAUUUAGCUGUUGGCUAUUUAACUGUCACUCUUGAGCCUCUCCCUCUCGUUGUCAUUGGAGACACGGUAACGCUCAAGUGCAAUUUCAUGACAGAUGGCAACCUGCGAGAGAUUGUGUGGUUUCGGGUGACAGAGGGUGGCAGUGCCAAGCAGAAGAUCUUCACCUACGAUGCCAUGACCAACACCAACUUCUCCCAUAUGGAGGACUUCCGCAGACGAGAAGACUUGGUCUACCAAUCAACUGUCCGGCUCCCUGAGGUCCAGAUGGAUGAUGAUGGGCCGUAUGAGUGCCACGUGGGGAUCUACGACAAGGCCUCUAGAGACAGGGUGGUCUUAGCCUCUGGCAGCAUCGUGCUCACUGUCAUGGUUCCUCCUAAGUCCAUUUCUGUAGUGGCAGUAGACUGCCCGGUCCCCUUCAGUCGCUAUGACACCCAGAACUUCACUCUAGUCUGCAUCGUCAUGGGAGGAAAGCCAGCCCCUAUGGUGUACUUCAAGCGUGACGGCGAGCUGAUCGAGGUGGUCCCCUCUAUUAUGGAGGGUGGCGGGGGCAAAUCCCAGGGCAGGGGCCAGGCAGGGCUACGGAUCUCUAGGCCCCUGAUCAGUAGAGACCUGGAUGACACCAAGCUGAAGAAGUCCCUCUCCCUGCUUGACCAGGGGAAGCCACCCCGUCUGGACCGUGACACCCCUGGGAACGGAGGGAUGGGGAAGAUGGUAGGGGCCGGGGGGGAGCCAGGAAGUCUGGAGGGGUCUGAGCCCAGCCCCACCACCACGGAGGUGAUCCCAGAGACAGUGGUAAGCCGGGAGUUCCCUCGCUGGAUGCAGAGCACUGACCCGCUCUACUACUUCCAGCACCGGCGGCAGGCGUCCAGAGACGGCACCAUGGAGGUCAGAGCCAUGCUCACCUGGAGCCUCAACCCCCAGCUGGACAACGACGCCCUGUACAGCUGCGAGGUCAAGCACCCAGCGCUGUCCAUGCCCAUGCAGGCUGAGGUCACUCUGUCUGCUCCCAGGGGCCCCAAACUGUCCAUGACGCCUGGUAAGGCUAAAGUAGGAGACACUGUCCGCAUUACAGUUCAGGGCCUCCAGAUCUCAUCCACUGGGAACAUGGUGUUCCCCGAGCCAUUGUUCACCUGGACCAGAGUGGGAGGUCCUCUGCUGGACGGGAGAGAGGAUCAUAAUGGGAGGGAGCUGGUGCUGGAGCGAGUACCGGCCAAGCUCAACGGCUCCAUGUUUCGAUGCACUGCCCAGAACCCUCUGGGCUCCACAGACACAUACACACGGCUUAUCGUGUUUGAGAACCCCAGACUUAAGAAGGGGAGACACCAUUUUGUUGUAGAUGCAGCCUAUUGCAAUGAGGGACUGGGGCUGACCACCAUGGUGCUAAUGUUAGCCCUGACAUGGGAGAUGACGUGAGCAGCAAAAUGGACCCAUGACCUUCUCCAGUCACUCUAAUCUCUCCAGUCUCUUCCUCGUCACUCACUUCCCCAUCUUCUGGAGUUCCAGCCACUGGACCUGAAGAAGCACUGUUCACUUUUCAUAAAAGCAGCUUAUGAAAAUAAAAACAUUGUCAGAAAUAUGAAAGAUAACAACUACAUGCAUUCUAACUCUCUUAGCGUUUGUUGUCAUUCUGCCUGUCUAACUGCAUCUUCCCUUUUUGUCUUGUCAACAUCCUAUGAUCAACUAUCACAGUGGCUAUGUUUUAUGGUAGACCCCAAUGUGUUAGAGGUCUUUUUAACCAAGUUGGUGUGGGCUGGCCCGCAUUAGAUGCUUUUUCCCAUCUUCCACUUAUUUGAAGUCAGAACGCAUACAAUGUGACAUGUUUUUGAAAUAUCUUGGUCAGCCAGACCUUGAAUGAAAUAAAUGUUUGGUCGGAAAAAUAAUAAUUGAAGUAGGUAAAGAGCUGUAUAUUUUAGGCCAUUGGCURAAAUACUUGCAAUUCUUUAAGGAAAAUGUAUGGUCUGUGGUAGGCCUACUGGCCCUACUUUAAUGCACAGCCCAGUUUCUUUUACCAAUGAGAAAUCUUAGUCACGGAGCCAACGUGACAUUGAUUCAAUGGUUGGAAAGAUGGGGAGAGGUCUGUCUGUGAUGAAGAGAUGCUUUGCUUUUUUGACACCACACUCCACAAAGCAAGGCC